AGCCCGUCCGGCGGUCCAAAGCCAAGCCAAGAAGAGCUCUCAAUCAAACCCACCACCGCACCGCAAGAGAGAGAAGGAGAGGGAGCAGAGACCACGCGAUAAAGGGGAAAUCAUGGAGGCGAUUUGCUGUGGGGAUUCGGGUGCGUGAUCUGGUCGGAUCUUGCUUUCCUGGGAGGAGGAGGAGGGUGGUGGUGGUGGCGGUGUGAUGCGGUCAUGUGGUGUGCGUUUCUGCGUGCCGUGCGCCAUGGCGUGAUGCCCGCCUACGCCUAGCUUAUAUCCUCGUCUUCCUCCCUCCCAUCCCCGAGAUGCCGCAUUAGCCACCGAAAGAAUCCAUCUUCCCCAGCGGCAAGGAAGAAACCUCCGAGAUUUCCCACCUCCACCUUUCGUCUGAGCGCGAGGAAGAGGAGAGAGAUCGAGGGAGGCUCUCCGUGGAUUGGCGCCAUGACGGUGGUCGACGCCGAGUCCCGGUUCCACGUCUUGGCGGUGGACGACAGCAUCAUCGACAGGAAGCUCAUCGAGAUGCUGCUCAAGACCUCCUCCUACCAAGUGACCACGGUGGAUUCCGGGAGCAAGGCGCUGGAGGUCCUGGGACUGAGAGAGGAGGGAGACGACUCAUCACCCUCUUCUUCCUCCUCCUCCCCCGACCAUCAGCAGGAGGUGGGCGUGAAUUUGAUCAUCACUGACUACUGCAUGCCUGGCAUGACAGGAUACGAUCUGCUGAGGCGGGUCAAGGGCUCAUCUUCACUCAAGGAUAUUCCGGUGGUGAUCAUGUCUUCUGAGAAUGUGCCUGCCAGGAUCAACAGGUGCUUGGAAGAUGGCGCGGAGGAGUUCUUCCUGAAGCCCGUGAAGCUCGCCGACAUGAAGAAGCUCAAGUCUCACCUGGUCAGGCGGAAGCAGCCGCAGCUCCAGCCACAAGAGAAGCCACUGCCGCAGCAGCAGAAGCUAGAGCCAGUGCCGCAGGAGCAGAAACCGGAUCAAGCAUCCCAGCAGCCGGCGGAGGAUGCGCCGACGCCUGAAGUGGUCGCCGUCAGUGAGUGCAGCAAGAAGAGGAAGGCGGCAGCGAUAGAGCCGGAGGUGUUGUCGUCGCCGGUGACCACGAAUCCCAGACUGCCCAGCAGCGGCCUGGCAGUGGAGACCUGAAGAAGCUGAAGCCCCACGAAAAGUUCUUUUGGCUCGUAAUUCUUUUUGGGGAGCGUAUACUCAUGGGAUAAUCAUCGUUAGCUCCCGGGCCGGAUUAAGACUUCAGUUCUAAGAGAACCGAAGAAAGUUUUACAUACUUUACACCAUUAGCUCCACAAAUUUUGCUGUGCUCAGCUGAGGAGCACCGUGCGUGCAGCCGUGCACCGCAGCACUGGCGUCUUCUGCUAGGAAGGGAAGUGUGGAAUGGAACCAAGCUGUAGAUAAUGUGGCCGCGCGCGGCGCCGUGGAUGCUCCCUUCUUCUAAGACUAAUUUUAUGGCUUAUUUCUUCUAACCAGCACUUUGUAUACUCCUACUCAGGUUGACGCAUCGACCAGUCAAAGUAGUACCAUUCCGUU